AUGAGGAGCGACACGGUCAUGCCGGAUGGAACUAUUGUGGAUGCCGUAUCAUCCAAUAUCGACGACCAAACCCUUCACGAGCUGUACCUCUGGCCAUUCGCCGAUGCUGUCAAGGCAGGAACAACAUCAAUCAUGUGUAGCUACAAUCGUCUCAACGGCACCUACGCUUGCGAAGAUGAACGUAUGCUGACUCAAGUCCUCCGAAAUGAGCUUGGAUUUCGAGGGUACGUUGUCUCUGACUGGUUCGCAACUCAUUCGACAAGCAAAGUCGCAAAUGCAGGACUCGAUAUGGAGCAGCCAGGUGAGCUCCCGCCUGGGGUUAAAACCAGUCAUGGAGGUGGCGGUUACUUUGGACCAAGCCUCGAAGCGGCAGUGGAAGUAGGCAAUGUCACCAUGGAGCGUGUAGAUGAGAUGGCGCGACGCCUUAUGACUCCAUAUUAUCUCCUCCAACAAGAUGACCCUGAUUACCCCACUGUGGACCCAUCUAUGCCUUACCUACUUGCCAUCAGCAAUGAUGGAUGGGAGUCUGGCCUGCUUGGAGGCAGACCAGAAGGUGGAAUACCUGGUAGAGACGUUCGUGCAAAUCACAAAGAGUUGAUCAGGAAAUGGGGUGCAUCUGCAGCCGUCCUACUCAAGAAUGACGAUGGGAUACUGCCACUAUCAGACAAGACCGCGUGCGGGGGAGAGCCAAUGCUUUACAUUGGUGUGUUUGGUAAUGCAGUUUUCGACGUGACUGAGGGAGUGGUCGCGCCGCCAAACACUCCUCAGGAAGGCCAAGAAGACGGAAUAAUCACCAUUGGAGGUGGUGCUGGAGGCGGUCGAAACCCAUACAUUAUCUCGCCAUUAGAAGCUAUCAAGUCCCAAAUGAACAAAGUCGACGGAACCGUUCAGUACAUCACUUCCAACAAAGUCCUUGCCAACAAUGACCUCAGAUCAAUCUAUCCCAAACCUGACGUCUGUCUGGUCUUUCUCAAGUCGUGGGCGGCCGAGACCUACGAUCGGCCAUCAUUGGAGCUUAGCUGGAAUUCAACAGUGGUGGUGAACAAUGUUGUAAAGUUUUGCGGCUGGAAGAAGACGGUGGUCAUCACCAACUCAGCAGGCAUCAACACCAUGCCGUGGGCAGAGAAUUCCAAUGUCACCGCUAUUCUGGCCGCACACUACACCGGACAAGAGGCUGGCAACUCAAUUGUCGACGUGCUCUGGGGUAAAACCGAGCCCAGCGGCAGGUUACCAUAUACCAUUCCCAAGACCGUAGAGGAUUACGGCUCUCCAAUCGUCAACCUCACUGGGACUGAUGGAGGCUUGGAGCGCAACAGUAGCAAAUGGCAGGCUGAUUUUACCGAGGGUCAGCUCAUCGACUACCGCCACUUCGACGCCCACAACACCGAACCGCUGUAUGAGUUUGGUUUCGGGCUAGGCUAUACGACUUUUAAGGUUGAAGGGGAUUUAGAGGUCGUGAAGCUGGGUGGAAACACGACCAACGAUCUGCCAGAUGCUGCUGCCCCAAUCGAGCCUGGUGGGAACACUGAUCUCUGGACGGAGAUGCUGCGAGUAACGGGAAGGGUGAGCAACACCGGGCAGCGAGCUGGCUCAACGGUCAUUCAGCUGUAUGUGUCGUCACCGUUGGCAGGCAGAAAUGGGAUCCCAGUGCAAGCUUUGAGAGGCUUCAAGAAGAUUCAACUCGAGGCUGGUCAAUCCGGAAGUAUCGAGAUGGUCCUACGGAGGAGGGACAUUAGCCAUUGGGACGUGAUGGCUCAGCAGUGGAGGAUCCCAUCAGGAGAAUUCAAGCUUGCACUCGGUCUGAGUGCCCGAGAUUUAUCUGCCAACAAAACUACUAGGGUUCUAGGAUAA